AGCAUGGCGUGUUCCAUGAAACAUCCAUUUUGUAUGCAAUUGUGACUCAGCAAAAGUGCCUUUCAAAAGUUGAAUGUCCACCGCAAGAUCUGUGUGUGUAUCCGUUUGUUUUGCGUUGAAUGUUUUGAUCUCAAAUGAGCUGUUAAAAAGCCUGUUUCAGGAAUGAUGGACGCUGUGUUUUUUGGGGCUGUCAUACUACAAGUUUUGACCUCUGCUCUCUGCUUUCCAAACGGGGCACCAACUUCAGCAUGUGUGGAUAUGAUGCCGAGGCAUGGAGGGACACUGCCCCAGCCAAACCCUGCUCCGUACACCAUCCAGCCAAGCAACACAACUUUUCAGACUGGCAGUCCCAUCACAGUUGUAAUCAAAGGUCCAGACUAUAGUGGCGUGCUCCUUGAGGCCCGCUCUGGAUCCGACACAAAUGCAAUAGGAACCUGGCAGACACCUCCAACAAACACAAAGUUCUUAGCGUGUUCGGGAAACCAGCAAGGUGCCAUCACCCAUGCCAACACCAACAUAAAAAACAACUCCACCCUCUAUACCUGGAUUCCACCAGCUACAGCAAAAAGCGUCUUCUUCAUGGCCACCGUAGCCCAGCAGCGCACUGUGUUCUGGGUAAAUGUGAAAUCACCGACUCUGACCCAAAGUGGAGGAGGAACAUCACUUGAUGUAAACAAUAGUGCUGAAAGGAUUGCCACACCUGUCCUGAUGCUGCUUGUUGUUCUGCUGGCAAAUGUUCAAUGUUUUGUUGCUUAACAAUGAUUAAAUUAUACUUGCUUAGUUACUCAGUAAAAAAUAUUUAAUCAGCAUUAAAUAUUUAGAUAAACAAUUUUAUUUGUCUGAGUAAUAAAACUUAAUUCUCUUUAAAAAAAAUAAAAAUAUAUAUUAAAAUAAUGCACUGUAAUGACAUUUUGUGCUUUGGGUUUAUUUUGGGUUUUAUUUAAUUACCAGCUGAUUGUACAUUAUGCCUUGUGCAUAAACUCGCUACUCUGCUGCUGCAUUAUCCUGCUAAUUACACAAAAUGUAUCGAUCAAGAAGGAGACCACAAGAAACAACACAUUAGCAUAUUGUAGGAAAAUCAGUGGACUGGGCUAUUGGUCAAAUAAACAAUUGUGUUUUGUUUGUCCGACCAAUGGAGGACUGAAGAAGUGCUUAGGACACUGGCACUAUUGCAGACCCUUUGUCAAGUUUACAGAGGCCCUCUAGUGGGCACAGCCUUCAGGUUGAGAAUCACUUUGUGUGAUAUUUUUAUUAUUAUCAUUAGCAUGAUGUUAGUUUUCAGUGUUAUGCAGAAACAUUGAUGAUUCAGUUAUGCAGAUUUGGGUGUCAUGUUUAACUGUAAUUGUCAUUUCAAAAUCAGUUAUUGAACCUUUUUAUUCAAGACACAAGAAGAAAUUUUGUUAAUGCAUUCAUAACUUCAAUGCUGGAUUACCAACUUUUAGAUGGAUGACCCACUAUCUCCAUUAAUUAACCACAGCUUGUUCAAAACCCAGGAACCUCAGAAGCUCUGACCAGGUCCAGAAAAUGUGAUAACAUUAGUCCAAUAUUAUCACUGGUCAUAUUUACACUGUGUAUAUUUUAAUAUAGUAAGGUCACCUAUUCAUAUGCAUAAAGAGAGUUUGCAUACAAUACCAAGUAUACUUAAUGUUACAGGAAUUAAAAUAAUAAAAUUGAGAUAAAACUGA